AUGGGAGAGGUUGAUUUAGCUUUCUUCCAAGACCCUGAUCACAGGCCUAAACUCUCCAUCACCGAAGCUGAAGGCAUUCCCUUGAUUAACCUUUCUCCAAUAAUAAGUACUCCAAACUCCAUUUCUGAUCCUAUAGCCAUUGAAGGGGUUGUAAGAGAAAUAGGCAAUGCAUGUAGGGACUGGGGGUUCUUCCAAGUGAUCAACCAUGGGGUGUCAUUGGAUAAACUCCUAAAGAUUGAGGCUGUAGCUAGAAAGUUCUUUGCUCUGCCUUUGGAGGAGAAGAGGAAGAUUAUGAGGGAUGAAAAAAACAUAUUGGGUUACUACGACAGUGAGCGUACCAAGAAUGUCAGAGACUGGAAGGAGCUGUUUGAUUUCACAGUGAAGGAGCCUACGUUUGUCCCGUCCUCGCCUGAUCCUGAAGACAGAGAAGUGAUAGAAUGGUAUAACCAAUGGCCUGCGUAUCUUCCAGAAUUAAGGGUGGUGUGCGAAGAAUAUGGUCGAGAAGUGGAACAGCUAGCACUGAAGUUGAUGGGGCUUAUUGCCCUGAGCCUAGGCUUGCCAGAAGACAGGUUCACCAGCUACUUCAAAGAACAAACCAGUUUUAUCAGACUCAACCACUACCCACCUUGCCCUUCCCCUGAGCUUACUCUUGGUGUCGGCCGCCACAAGGAUGGCGGUGCUUUAACUGUGCUAGCUCAAGAUGACGUUGGCGGAUUGGAAGUGAAGCGAAAAAAAGAUGGAGAAUGGAUUUGGGUUAAACCCACCCCAAAUGCCUAUGUCAUCAAUGUUGGUGACAGUAUCCAGGUUUGGAGCAAUGAAAGAUAUCAUAGUGUGGAACACAGGGCAAUGGUGAAUUCAGAGAAGGAAAGGUUUUCUAUGCCAUUUUUCCUCAACCCAGCACACUACACCAUAAUCAAGCCCUUGGAGGAGCUGACCAAUGAAGAAAACCCUGCCAAGUAUAAGCCCUACAGCUGGGGCAAGUUUUUUGCUCACAGGCAGCUCAGUAAUUACAAGAAACUCAAUGUUGAAAACAUCCAAAUUCAUCAUUUCAGGGUAUCAGAAUAA